CUCCCCCACUGGCUCGGGGACCGGGUCUGGGGCGGGGCGGCACGGCCCGGCGCCUGCUUUCGGUUUCCGCCGGCCCGGGUUUCUGGCCCCGCGAAGGCGGCUGCUGCUGGGGGGUGAAAGUGGCUCUCUCCCAAAGUCGCCGUGACUUUCGGGGCGGGAGAUCGCGCUGCUCAGCGGAGGGGGUUGCGGGUGCUGGGCCAGGCCGAGGAGCAUGGGGAGCCGAGUCCCCAACUCCGCACAUCUGCCAUAAUUAACGCACUUUUCUUUGUUCAGACGCACUGUUGAAUUCGGCUGUUUGUAGAAUCGUGGUCCGUGCAACGAGGGUCAGAUGCGCGACGGCCUUGCCCUGUCACUUACAGGCUGGGGAGCCCUGUCUCUGUCGUGUGCCCCCACCCACUCGAGGCUUGUAGGAGUGGUUGGUGGGGAGCAGCUGUGCCCGCUGCGGGGUGUAAAAAUACUGCUGCGGGUGCAGAAGUCGCGCGGAGGAGUGGAAGAUACAAGUUACAGGCUGGUGUUCCUGCUGGAGGGGCACCGGCUGGGCUAAGCAAACCCUUCCUGAGUCGCACCUGUGCACCCUCUGCAGGGACUCCUGCGGCACAGAGGAGGCUCCUGGAUACGUGUCACACGGUAGUGAGCUGUCACUGCCAGACAAAUGAUUAGGCAUUAUUCAGGUUGUGAAGUCUCUGCUCCUGCUGGGCUUUAUUUUGGAACCUGGUGUAGUGAAUGGCCCCCCUUUCAAAGGCCUGAUUUGUUUUCCCUUCCUGAAGCUAAUUUUCCCCUGGGUAGUGUGAACAGAGCAGAGACCAUCCUCCUUUGAGUUAUCUUGCUGACAUUAUCUCUUCAUUAGAUGUGCCAGAAGCCAUUUAUGCACAAGUCACAUGACUUAACAUAUGGCCUCCAGGGUGACUCUUGCCCCUUCUCUGUGUUGGCUACAACUGGGAGUGCCUGAUGGGGUGGAAUGACACUGAGGGACUGUAGAAUUGCCACCUGGAAACUGCCAGCCAGUCAGUUGGAGACUGGGGUGGUAGUGAUCCUCCAUUAAUCAGUGGCCACCAUGUACUCCAUAGGCAGGUUGGUCUUGAGUCUGCAGGGCUACACCCCUCUCCACCUAUUCCACUUGCUUUGGCCUUUCCUCCUUGCAGGGAGGGGGGGGGAGAUUUGCAGCAUAGUUGCCCCCAUUUCCUGGGCUGUCUGACUCAGGAUGAGGGAACCUCAUCUUGUGGAUCCUUGCAUGUCUGGAGAGGCAGUGGGCUUCCCUCCCUGAAGACUGUGGCUAACCUGUUUUUCAGAUCCACACCCUCUUCAUGCAAAGAACUGCACAGACCUGCUGGCAUCCCAGGCAUGGGAACUGGCAGCUGUGCAAUGUGUCUGGCCUCUUUGGACUGCCACUGGCUGAUGACCCCCCUGCCGUCAAUCCCCAUGGCCCCGCCCCUGAGGAAAGUGAUGGAGAAGUGAUGCAGCUGGGGACGGGCUUCCUGCCUCCUCCCCACAGCGAACAGUCCCCCGAGGACCAGCCUCCCAAGAUAGCUGGCCCUGAGGUACCUCCGCCCCUCGUGCCACCACUGCCUGCCCGGAGCCUGCCCCCCUACCCACCAUACUUUGAAGGUGCCCCCUUCCCUCACCCACUCUGGCUGAGAAACACCUAUCAGCAGUGGGUGCCACAGCCUCCCCCAAGGACCAUCAAGCGAACCCGACGUCGUUUGUCCCGCAACCGAGACCCAGGCCGCCUCAUCCUGAGUACCAUCCGCCUACGUCCCCGCCAGGUGCUCUGUGAGAAGUGCAAGAGCACUGUGAGUCCCCAGGAGGCCAGCCCCAGUCCCCCAGCUGCUUCCAGGCCCCGCCGGAGGCUGGGCAGUGGCUCAGACAGGGAGCCCCGCAAGCCAGAGGAGCCAGAGGACAGCGACCCUGCAGCCACAGCCACUUUGAGGAAGAGCAAGAAGGAGAGACGGGAGGAGGACAGGGCCUCGACUGAACAGGUCCCACGGAGCCCUGUCAUCAAGAUCUCCUACAGUACACCCCAGGGCAAGGGUGAGGUGGUCAAGAUCCCAUCCCGUGUGCAUGGCUCCCUGGAGCCAUUCUGCCCCCAGCAGGCUCUCCACAAUGGCAGCCAGGAACCCGAGGUGCUGAGAGAUGCAGAGUCCAGGGGCAAUGGGGACCGACCACCCAGUGGACCUUCUGCCUCCAUCCCCAAGCUGAAGCUGACACGUCCUCUGCCUCCUGGCUCAGACUUGCCACCUCCUAAGAUCCGCCUGAAGCCCCACCGCCUGGGGGAUGGUGAGUGUGAGCCCCUAUACAGGGCCGAGCUGGUGGAGGAGCUGAAUGGCUGCCAACAAGGCCCCCGGACCAGCUCACCUGCCCUCUUUGCGGAUAGCUCUGCCCAUGGACUGCAGGAUUUGUCUUCCGGAAGUUCUGGUGAGGAUGAUGACUUCAAGAGGUGUCCCCAAAGUAAACAGGGACGUGAUGGCUUAGCCUUUCUGGUAAAUUGCCCUGGGAGAAGAGCAGAUUGCGCCAGUGAGUCUGUGUGCAGCAGCGACAGCCUGGAUGAAUCCAAAUCAUCCAGCUCGGAAGUGACGUCUCCAGAUACAGGGGACCUCUCAUCCGGUGAUGGUGCAACUGUGCCUUCCUCAUCCAGGGGUGUUCGCCAGACAGUCCCACCCCUAACAGUCAGGCUGCAUACACAGAGCGUCUCUAAGUGUGUUACCGAAGAUGGAAGGACCGUGGCUGUAGGGGACGUCGUGUGGGGUAAGAUUCAUGGUUUUCCUUGGUGGCCAGCGCGUGUCCUUGACAUCAGCCUUGGCCAGAAGGAGGACGGAGAGCCCUCUUGGCAAGAAGCAAAAGUCUCAUGGUUUGGGUCUCCGACUACAUCAUUCUUGUCUAUUUCAAAACUCUCCCCUUUCUCUGAAUUUUUCAAACUGAGAUUUAACCGUAAGAAGAAGGGGAUGUAUCGGAAAGCUAUAACUGAGGCUGCAAAUGCCGCACGACAUGUGGCCCCAGAAAUAAGGGACCUCUUGACCCAGUUUGAAACAUAACUUUGGUUCCCUGACCAGGUCACCAACGGUGAGGAUGCAGCUGUUGUCCUGGAGCCUCUGACUUCCAUCCAAAGGACCCCACGUGCCUUCUGGCCAGCUUCGUGCAGACACACGCUGAGUACAGUGGUCAGCCUGGUGCAAGGCCCCAGAGGAGCAAGUGUGUCCAGGAGGAGACAAGACCAGUGCACAGUGGCGCCUCUUGGCUGAAUGUAUUUAUUCCUGUGACUCAGGCUGCAGUGUUCCUGGCUUGGAAAGAGCCAGGAACUCAGUGAUGAGCUUGCUGCUUCACAUGCUGGGCAUGGGCGGCCUCCAGGCUUGGACUUCCCUUGCAAGAGCAGGGCCUUCUGCCCCUGCCCACCUGGUUGCCAGUGUGGGUGGCUGUGCCUAGCCAUGGAUCUUCCCUCUGGGGAUGGCUGUCUCAGCUGCUGGGCUCCAGCUGUCUGCAGGCUUGAUAAAUACCAAAUUGCACGUGUGGGGUUCUUCUUCCCAAGCCCUUGGGCAUGGGGUCUCUGUGCACUUAAGAGCUGGGGACCCACCUGCAUCUCACCCCAUUCCUCCCAGAGCAUGGGUCCCCCUGGGUGGCCGGCCCCUGCCUGCAAAGCCACCUUGUCCAGGAGAUGCUGCUAUGAAUUGCCAGUACUGUGAGGAGGAGGUGAAGGGUAGACCUUGAAAACAGCGCAACGUUAAGAGGAGAAACUGGCACUGCUGUUUGUAAGAGUGCAUUCCUUCCCCUUUCUGUCACUUUAUAGACCAAAAAGAAAAAUGAAAGAAAAAAAAAAA